AUGCCAUAUAACGUGCCGGACGUCCCACGACCGAACAAAUUUCAGAAAUGGCUUCUACUCGCUUCGAUAAGCAUUGUGAGGCGGUUUCGCAACCGUACUGGCAGUGUACUGAUGCUGACCAGCGAUCUCUGCGUAAAAUAUGGUAGCCGCCUCGAUGUCGUCGAGGCACAAACCAUGCUCUUCAUCGCCAAGCACACCAGUAUCCCGGUCCCCAAGAUAUAUUUUGCUUUCACCGACGAAGAAUGCACUUACAUUCUGAUGGAAAGAAUUCACGGUCACUCGGCUUCUAGAGGCUGGGUUCGCAGGUCUGAUGCUUCUAAACAAAGAGUUCUUGAGGCCUUGAAGAAGAUGGUUCUUGAGAUGCGCGGUUUGAUCUCUCAAAGCAAUGCCAUCUGUAGCGUAAGCGGAGGCUCUCUGUACGAUAUGAGAAUACCAAUGAACACCAGGCGAUUUGGUCCUUUCGACAACGUGCAAGAGUUUCACAACCACCUGCGCAACGGCAAACAAACAUCAAGCAACUCCUGCGACGAAUACCUGAGAUUAUUUGAAUUACACUCUCAUGACUGGAGCAGCCCUACCUUCACUCACGGGGAUCUCAGCAGUCUCAAUAUUCUUGUACGCGGAGACGACGUUGUUGGUAUCAUCGACUGGGAGACCGCUGGGUGGUAUCCCCCGUAUUGGGAGUACACGACAGCCUGCCAGGUCAAUCCACGAAACCCAUUCUGGAGAGAUGAGAUCGAAAAAUUUCUAGAAGAAAUGCCGGAAGCACUUGAAAUGGAUCAACUCCGACAAAAGUAUUUCGGAGAUUGGUUCGGAUGA